AAAAUCCGAAAUUGUUUUGGAAUUACCAUAUAGCGGCACUCCACCACCGUUCAGCAUUGAAUCCUCUCAUAUUACACAACGAUGAGACAGCGACGACCCCUAAACAAAAAGCAGAACUUUUUAAUUCAUACUUUUGCUCCGUUUUUCGACCACUUAAAGCUCUACCUAUUACUGACGAUUCACCUCUCUUUCUGUCGCCUGUGGAACAAUUGUCUGAUAUAACUGUCUCGGAAGAAGAAGUUGCCCAUCAUCUUGCACACUUGGAUCCAACUAAGGCAACAGGCCCCGAUGGUAUUCCUGUUCGGGUAUUGAGGGAAUGCAGUUAUGUCAUUGCCCCAAGUCUUUGCUCACUCUUUAAUUAUUCAUUACGUACUGGUACUGUUCCAUCUGAAUGGAAAUCAGCUGAUGUUUCACCAAUUCAUAAGAAAGAUAAGAAAGAACUAGCUAUCAACUACCGUCCAAUUUCACUGCUAUCUAUCAUCAGCAGAGUCUUGGAGCGAUGCGUUUGUAAUCGUUUCUACGAACAUAUCCGCGAUUCGAUUAACGAAGCUCAGCAUGGAUUUCUUCAUGGCCGUUCUUGUACUACACAGCUUCUUUCAACGUUACAUCGUAUUGGACAAUUGCUUGACAAAAAUACUCAGACGGACAUUCUAUUUCUUGACUUCGCUAAAGCCUUCGACUCAGUGGAUCAUGUUAUUCUCUUAAGAAAGCUGAAACAUUACGGUAUCGCAGGAAACCUUUACAGAUGGUUCUCUGACUACCUGCAUAACCGUACCCAGCGUGUUGUUGUAGAGGGUGCUGCUUCGUCAUGGUCCCCCGUCACUUCAGGCGUUCCACAGGGAAGCAUCUUGAGUCCAAUACUUUUCUUACUCUUCAUCAACGAUCUUCCUGAUGUCAUUCCUGAAUCUACAUCAACAGGACUGUCAAUGCUGAUGAUACCAAAUUAUAUAGAGAAAUCUCAACUCCAGAGGAUUGUUCACAGUUACAAGAAGCUUUGUCGUGUGCGGAUGUUUGGAGUAAGGAUAACAACAUCAACUUUAAUCCCUCAAAAUGUAAAAUAUUGA